GGUUUCAAUGAGAUCCCCUGCAUUCUUCUAAGUUCCAGUGAGUACAGGCCUAAAGCUGCCAAAUGCUCCUCAUAUGUUAACCUCUUCAUUCCUGGAAUAAUUCUCGUGAACCUCCUCUGGACUCCCUCCAAUGAUGAAGAUGUCAACCUCCUGGUUAUCGUGGUGGAUGUCAACCCCGUUUGGUGGGGCCAGCAGAUCCUGAAAGAAUCCCAGUUCACCCUCUCGAAAUGUAUGGAUGCAGUGAUGGUGAUGGGAAACUCACACCUAGUGAUGAGCCGCAGUAACAAGCUGGCGAUUAUAGCAAGUCACAGUCAGGAGAGUCGUUUCCUAUACCCAAGUAAACAGUGGAAAUCGGGAAGCUUUUCCGAUAGUGGUGGCACCACCUCUGCCGAAUCGACUCUGUCCAGCAGCAAGGACGGUAAGUUCGAGCUCUUGGCAUUGGAAAACGACAUUGUCACCGAGGAGAUCAAAGAGCUGAUGGCAAAAACUGAGGUGAGAGCCCAUCUAACGGAAACCUUGCUGGCUGGAUCUUUGGCAAAAGCUCUGUGCUAUAUUCACAAAGUGAAUAAGGAGAUGAAUGCCAGCCACGAGCUAAAGUCCCGAAUAUUGGUUAUUAAAGCCGCUGAGGACUCUGCUGCUCAAUAUAUGAAUUUUAUGAAUGUUAUCUUCGCAGCGCAGAAGCAGAAUAUUCUGAUUGAUGCAUGUGUUCUGGACUCUGAUUCUGGACUCCUGCAGCAGGCUGCGGAUAUAACCGGCGGAUUAUAUUUAAAAAUACCACAGCUGUCAGCAAUCACCCAGUAUCUGCUGUGGAUGUUCCUGCCAGCGCCAGAGCAGAGGUCCCAGCUCGUCCUUCCUCCCCCAGUUCAUGUGGAUUACAGAGCUGCCUGCUUCUGCCACCGAAACCUGAUCGAAAUCGGCUACGUGUGUUCUGUCUGCUUAUCCAUAUUUUGCAACUUUAGCCCUAUUUGUACAACAUGCGAAACUGCCUUCAGAAUUGCCCUGCCACCUGUACUGAAAGCCAAGAAGAAGAAGCCAAGACCCCCGACACUGAAUUACCUGGCGAGCUGACACCAGCGGACUGAACUCGAUUCAAGCCCCUCCUUCCACUGGGACUUCUGCUCUUCCAGCUGCCUCUGGAGCCUGUGGAAUCGGUGCGAUAAUCCACUGGCAAAGCUCACACACUCCUUUCGGUUGCCGAUAUAAGGAGUUGUGACACAGUUUUAAACUCCAGAUGUUGUGCCGUUGGUGGAAUGAGAACAAACCCGCAAACUUUGGGUCUUUUUUGACCAAUUUGUGCCCUUUUGUAAAUGCUCACAUUUGUAAUAAAUGCAGAGAGGAUUUUGGAAAUUUGCCCCUGCA